AUGUACGGCAUGGAUGGUCCUGGCCGCGCGACUUACACGAGGGGCUGCCUGUCCCAGAUGUUGCAAGAGACUUUGGACAAAAGCAUAAAGCCCGUGCUGAUAGUCAAAGCUUCUGCGAAGAUCGGCAACGACCAGAAGCGUUGGAGUCUAACACUGUGCGAUGGAGUGCACGUGGUGAAGUCUGUCGUUGUCAGUGAGAUGGCGAGGAGGCUGGAGGAGGCUGGAGGAGGCAACGUCAUCGGCCUCCUGCUGCGACUGGACAAGUAUGGCUUCAAAACCACCGAGAACAACUCGCAAAUCCUGGUGGUGUUGGAGUUCGCGACGGUGGGGCGCGCAGGGCCGCAAGACUACGUGGACGAACACCAGCUUACCAGACUGACCAGAGAGGAUGUCACGGCCGAGAACAUACCGUCAACGCAGGCCUUGCACGAAGAGCACUCUGCCAGAUUUGCCAACGGUGCCAGUUCAGGCGCUUACCUCACGCCGGAGCGCCGGAUUACCCCGGUGCCAGAGACGACACCGAACCCACCUAUGGCGCUCAGCAGCAGAAUGGCGACUUUUGGACAGGUGGAAGGAGGCAACUGUGGUGUUGCAGACGCCCCUACACAACCAGGUUAUGUGGAGGCACCUGCCGGGCCACCAGCCAAUCCCUAUGCCAUGCCGCCAGGUGGGCCUUAUGGUGGCAGCACCAACCCCUAUGCGAAUCAAAGCACUGCAUCUGCCCCUCGCCCGGCUGAGACGGCUCGAAACCUCAGCACCAGCCUCGCUCCGGUGUCUUCCGUGGGUGCUGUCACGCCCGUCAGUGCUCUGAAUGCCUACACCGGUGGCCGAUGGAAGAUCAAGGCGCGGGUUCUCACGAAAGGUGACGUGCGGAAAUUCAACAAUCAGCGUGGAGAGGGCCAGCUUUUCAAGGUGGACCUCGGAGACAAGACCGGCGAGAUCUCGGCAACGUUUUUUGGCCGUGCCGUGGACAAGUACUACUCACUGCUGAAACCUGAGAAGGUGUAUACGUUCCAGAAGGGCCAGAUAAAGCCGGCAAACAAGCGCUACGACCGGGGCGACCACGUCCUGGUUUUCGAAGAGCAUGCCCUCAUCGAGUUAGCAGGCGAGGACGACGACAUCCCGAAGAUCAGCUAUGACUUCCGGGACCUCGCCAGCGUGGAAACCCUGCAGCCCGAAACGCACAUCGACGUCAAAGCAGUGAUCUUCCACAUGCAGGAGCCCUUUACAUUCACGGCCAAGACAUCGAACAAAGAGAUGACGAAGCGGGUUCUCCACCUCUGGGACACCUCGGGCGACCCUGCGUCUGGCAGCACCUGCGAGCUUACGCUUUGGGGCGACACAGCUCUCAGCUCGGAGUUCGAAAUGCAUCAGGUGAUCUUCUUGAAGAAAGCUCGAGUCACGGAGUUCAACGGCCAGAAGAGUCUCAGCAGCCCUGCUGGCAUGCAGCACAGUCCGGACCACCCACAGGCCUUUGCUUUGAUUCGCAGCUACCAGCAGCUGCAGCAGGCGAACCCUCAGGCCUUCCAGGCGCGGACCAAUUGGGGAAGCUCGGCAGGAAGACGCCAAACCAUCGAAGAACUGCGCCAGGAGGACAUUGGUCUGGGUGCUCCGCCGACGCAAUGGCAGCAGCCGGCUGGACCAGGUGAAGCAAAGAGCAUCCACCGGCACUGGGUCGUAGCUACGAUGACGAACUUGCCGAUGGACCGGCCUCCUUACUACACGGCAUGCCCUCACGUGGCGGAAGCCUCACAGCCUCCGACUUCCGCGGGCCAGCCCAGCACAAGGACGUGCAACAAGAAGGUCACGCAGGAUGGAGAUGGCAUGUGGAUGUGCGCUUCUGGCCACAAAUCACAGCAGCCAGAGUUCAGGUAUCUCUGCCGACUGACCGUUCUGGAUCACACGGACAAGUGCGAGGUUAACCUCUAUGAUGAAGCCGUCAACAAGCUGCUGAAGUGUCCUGCCAAGGACUAUGCGCAGGUCUAUGAUGGAGGCAUGAACAGCGGCCAGCUUGCAGAUCAACUGCGGCAGCUCAAUGGUCGAAUGGAGUGGAGGAAGUGCUUGCUCCGACUCCGUGCCCAGAAGGAGAUCUGGCAAGAGAACGAGCGCGUCAGGUACUCAGUGGACGAGGUCCAGCCUGUGGCUCUUGUGUCAGACGCGAAACAGAUGUUGGCCGACAUUCAUGAGUCACUCGCUGCCAUGCCACAAGCCGGCUACUGA